AUGGCUGGGAACGUAAACUUGCCGCUAGGGCAGCCUGUUGCUCCUCCAGUACAGGUCAAUCGUAACCCUACCCCUGUUUCCGAUCCUAGCAUGGCCGGGCCAUCUGCCCAAAUGGCUGGGCGGACCGAUACCGCGGCGGAGAUACAGAAACUUCACGAAGGAUUCAAACAAAGGUGGAGGGCCAUGUUUCAAGCCACAAACAAGGCUCCAGUUCAACACCCUAUGAACAUUCAGCUCUGGAAAGACCAGCUCAGGAAUGCCUUCACUGCUGCUAAAGUGCUUGUCAGUCGGCUUGGCCUAUAUGGGUACUUGUUCAGGGACUUCCAAUCGGUCAACAAAGUCAUGCAGAUGUCGGCCUAUCUAGUUAAACAACUACAGCAACCCAACCUCAUCAUCCUCAGCCAAACUGAUCUCGAGAGCAUGACACAGUGGUUGCAAUCACAGGCGCAAAUGCUCAUCCAUCGCAUUACAACCUUGCAAGUUACACCGGAGCUCCGUCCGUUC